GGUUCUCGUUACUUUCUUCUCUCAGUCUCCAAUGCUCUGGAAUUUCCGAUGACUUGGUGAAGACUUUGCGUAUAAUGGUGUUGGGUGUGGCGGUGGAUUUUGAGGGCUCAUAAAAAUGGACAAUGUUGCGUCCCCUCUUACCGCCAUAGCCGAGUCCUUCGAAUUGCUUUCCAAAUUAGUGGUUUCUUUGAAGGAUUCCUCUGAAGAACUCCGAUUGGAUAUGCUCUGUGAUGCUUGUUCUCUGGUCUCUGUGCUUUUCAGUUCCCUUGGCCUCGCCUUCAAAUUCGCUGAGUUAGAGUAUGUCUCCAAGGUUCACGAUCUUGCGGAAGCUUCCAAGAAGCACGUGACUGUGCCUACAAUACUUGAUGCUGAUGUUGCAAAUGACACAGUUAAGACACCCGGAAGCCAUUCUCGCAAUCUGCGUCGAGUUAGACAAGGAUUGGACCUUAUUAGAGCUCUGUUUGAACAGUUCAUGUCCACUGAUGAAUACUCGUUAAGGGAUGCGGCCUCAACAGCUUAUGCCCAAGUUUGUGCACCCUACCACAGCUGGACAGUCAGAACAGCAGUUUCUGCUGGAAUGUAUACUCUUCCAACGAGGGAGCAGCUCCUGCUAAAGCUCAACGAGACCAAUCAAUCAGCAGAGAAGAAAAUGAGAAGGUAUAUUGAUGCAUCGGGACCGGUCAUAGAAUAUAUUGACAAUCUUUACAUUUCUAGGAAAAUCACCUUGGACUGGUGACUUUCACCUCCUUCCAUAGGCAACCCAUUCUUCACUAUCCUGUCGAAGCAGCUGCUCAUCUCAACUGAGAUGGUAAGGAGAAAAAAAAAACAAAAAAAGAAGAGCCUUUUGAGGGGCUCUUCAAACAGAUUAUACAUUAUAUGUCGAACACUUUCAUAAAAGUUUCUUUGUAAUACACAUUUUGUUUAGUGUUAUUGUCUGU